AUGGCCAAUCUCAUGUCCCAACCGGAUGGUGUCCCUCUGAAAACCAAACUUCAUACCUUCUAUCGCAGCCCCCUUUUUAAUGCCAUUAUUCUUGGCUUGGUGAGCUUUACGCAGCCGGGAAUAUGGAGUGCCCUAGCUGGGCUCGGAGCUGGUGGUCUGGCCACACCGUUCUUUGUUAACGCAGCAAAUGUUAUAACAUUUGCUAUCAUGAUUGUGCUGAGUCCUAUCUUUGCUAUUGCGGGUAAUAGAUGGAGUUUGAAGUGGGUCCUUGUGGUUGGCACCAUUGGAUAUGCCCCAUAUUCAGCCUCUUUGUACACAAACAGUGUCUACGGAACACAGUGGUUUAUGCUGUUCGGCGCAGCAACUUGCGGAAUCUCGGCCGCGGCCCUCUGGGUCUCCGAAGCAGCUAUUGGUGUCGGAUAUCCCGAAGAGAACAAGAAGGGAGUUUAUAUUGCUAUCUGGUUCGGUCUGAACAAAAUCGGAACAAUCAUUGCCUCUUCAAUCGAGCUUUCAUUGAAUCUCGGCAAUGACCAGCAAGGGUCAAUCAGUUCUGAAACCUAUCUCAUUCUCAUUGGGUUACAAUGUCUUGGUUUACCACUUGCGCUAUUGAUAUCGCCAAUCAACAAACUCAUUCGCAGUGAUGGCACCAAACCAGUGAUACCAGAGCGCACAACAUUUGCCGAGGGUUUCCGUCGAUUUUGGCGGAUCAUGAAGCGUCCUGAACUCGCGGCCUUGAUACCCAUCUUCUUGACCAGCCAAUGGGCCCAAACAUACGAGGGCAACUACCUAACAACGUACUUUACUGUGCGAUCCCGUGCGCUGGCGUCAUUCAUAAUCACAUUUCUUGGCCUGUUCGUCAAUAUCAUCUUUGGUUGGUUUCUCGAUUAUGACCGUUUGAGUCGGGCUACUCGUGCUCGUGCAGGAUGGAUUAUUUUGGUUGUGGCAUAUACCGUCACCUAUAUUUACAACCUGGUGUUGGAAGCUGAGUAUGGAAAGGCGAAUCCAAGUCCGGUCUUCGAUAUUGAAACGCCUGGGUUCGCACGCGCCGUCGCGGUGUAUUGUGUCUUUUUCAUACCUUACAACGCAUUUGCCGUGUGGGGUUACUGGAUUCUCGGUUGUUUUGAUCACAAAAUUGAGAACUUGACAUUUUCGACUGCCAUCUUGCGGUCGGGCGAGUCGUUGGCCAGCACAAUUUCUUAUGCUCUCGGUGCAUCGAAGAGCGUAUCGUUACUGAAGAACUUACUCGUCGCUUCGGUUCUCUUUUGGGCUGCUAUUCCGACAACUACCUGGAGCGUGUGGCAGGUGAAAGAGCCUAAGAAAAUUGACGAAGACAGCGAAUGUGUCAACGAUGACCCACAGGUGGUGAAUGUCGGAGUCAAGGGGUCUGGUAUUUGA